CCGCGCUCGCGCCUGCGCAGUCGCGUCGCAGCGGUUGCUAGGGGAACAGAGGCCCUAGUGAUGGAGCCGGAAUAAAUCGUCUUCAUGGUGGUGGUGGACGCGCGAGCAGAAGAGGCCGCCCCCGCCUGCCACGACGGACGGAUCGGCUCCAGUUAGCACAAGAGGGCAGGAUGCCACACAAGAUUGGGUUUAUAGUUAUAAGUUCAUCUGGACAUGAGGACGGCUUCAGUGCCAAGGAACUGAUGGUUCACGCGCCAACGGUCAACGGAUGGAGGUCACCAAGACUCUGCCAGUAUCCCCAAGAAAUAGUCCUCCAGAUGGUGGAAAGGUGCAGAAUUCGAAAGCUGCAGCUCCUGGCUCACCAAUAUAUGAUUUCCAGCAAAAUUGAGUUCUACAUCAGCGAAAACUUGCCCGAUUAUUUUGCGCCCUAUAAAACAGAGCAAUUCCAAAGAUUGGGUUAUGUCUCCCUUUCCGAUAAUGAAAAGACCGGCUACAGAGCCCGGGAAUUGAAAUCGGUCUAUGUGGAUGCGGUUGGCCAAUAUCUAAAGUUGACUUUCCACAAAAACUACGCCAAUCGGUACAACCUGUACAGCCAGGUUGCUCUCGUGGCAAUAAACAUCAUUGGGGAACCUGCAGAUCUGAGCCAUGAAAACAGCCAGUCUGCCAAGGAGAAGCUGAUCGACCACUACCUAGGGAGCAAUUCGGAUGACUCGGCCCUUGAGGGGAGCUACCCUGGGAAGGCCGACGCCAUUUCUCCGCUGGACGAUCUGGCUUUUGACAUGUACCAGGAUCCGGAAGUGGCCCAGAUCAUUCGCAAGUUGGACGAGAAGAAGCACGAAGCGGUGCACCUGGAACACUACGAUCACGCCAAGAAGCUCAAGCAGGCCAUCGCAGAUCUGCAGAAGGUCGGGGAGCGGCUGGGACGCUACGAGGUGGAGAAACGGUGCGCCGUCAAGAGGGAGGACUAUGACUUGGCCAAGCAGAAAAAGCAGCAGAUGGAGGACUAUCGUCUCAAGGUCUAUCAGCAGUUGGAGCUUCAUAAUCUCUUGGACCCAGAGCUCGCCAUCCGGCGACUACCUGACUUGCCACUCGACCCCGUGGCUCAGCCCACCACGACCCUCCAGCAGAAGAAGCCCCUGCCGUCUCCCUGGCGGGAGAAAGCUGAGCCAGAGAGUCCUGCCUCGUUGCCCCCCGAGAAGCCCCCUGAAGUCCCCUCGCCUGAGCCGGCCCCCCCUCGGGUCUUCUCUCCCCCGCUGGCCCAGGCAGCUCCCAUUGCUGCAGAAGCUUUCCCCAAGAUCAAUGUCGAGUUCUUACCUUACGACGAGCGGCCCCUCCCGGCCAUCCGCAAGCAGCAGGAGGAAGGUUUCUCCUUGCUGGAGCCCGAGAUGAAUGAGGAAGAGCCCGGAGACACGCCCAGGAGCGGGGUGGUUGGCGAUCCGGAGCCUCUGACGGAGAAGGCCCUGCGGGAGGCCAGCGCCUCCAUAGACGUCUUCGGGGAAACUCUGGUGGCCGGUGCCUAUUCCAAAACCUGGUCGUAUCGCGAGGACUCAUUGCUGGCCAUCUACAAGAAAAUGACGGAGGCUCCCACCAGCAUGCCGAAGGAGGAGCUCAAGAACGUGCUCCGGGGGGCCAUCUUUCUCGUCGUGAGGGCCAUCAAAGAUAUCGUCUCUUCGGUCUUCCAUGCCUCCUUGAAGCUCCUGAAAAUGAGCAUCACGCAGUACAUCCCCAAGCAUAAACUGGGCAAGCAGGAGACCAUCUUCUGCGUGGAACGGAGUUUUCCCAACCUCCUCUCCCGCACGGGGGACUCCUCGGCCCGCCUCCGGAUGGCCACUGCCAACUUCAUCCAGGAGAUGGCCCUUUGCAACGAAGUGAAGCCUCUGCAGAUCAUCCCUACCCACCUGGUGCAGCCGCUGAGGUCCAACUGCCCCACGCACCUCGCCAUGAGCCAGGUGGAGUUGGUGGAACGCUUGCUUAAACACCUGGGCACCGAAAACUCUGGCUUCACCGUCGAUAACGUCAUGCGAUUUGCGACAGGAGCUCUGGAGCACCGCGUUUUCGAGGUGCGGGAAACGGCUCUCCGGAUCAUCUUGGACAUGUAUCGGCAGCACCGAGACAACAUCCUGGACUAUCUCCCCCCUGACGACGCCAACACCCGCAAGAACGUGCUGUACAAGACCUUGUUCGAUGGCUUCGCUAAAAUCGACGGGCGACUCACGGAGGCCGAGCUGAAAGCCCAGAAGAAGGCGGCCACUGAGGAAGCGGAGAAGGAGAAGAAAGACGAGAUCAAAGCCUUACAGGGCCAAGUGGCGGCCCUAAAGGAGAUGCAGGCAGAGGCCCAAGCCGACAAGGAAAAAGACCGCGAUUUCCAGAAAUCAAAAAAUCAAGCUGAAACGUCCAAGAAGGCUGCCCAGCCCGUCCCGGCAGAUACUCUCGAUGACCAUUCGUCGGUCACGAACUACCUGGACAACCUGUGCAUCUUUUGUGGGGAAAGGGACGACUCCUUCACCGAGGAAGGGCUGGACCUCCAUUACUGGAAGCACUGCCCCAUGCUGACCAGGUGUGACUUCUGCAAACAGGUGGUGGAAAUCGCCAGCCUGACCGAGCACUUGCUGACGGAGUGUGAGAAAAAGGACAACUUUGCCAAGUGUUCUCGUUGUUGCGAGGCCCUGCCGAAGGACGAGCUGCCCCGGCAUGUCAAGAGCAGAUCUUGCAACCCUGCCAAGCCUGAGAAAGUGGCCAACCGUUGCCCGUUAUGCCACGACAAUUUUACACCGGGCGAGGAGGCCUGGAAGGUGCACCUGAUGGGCAAAGACGGCUGCCGCAUGAACCCGAGGCGCACGCAUUCCCUGAACAAGAGCCUGCCAACGCAGGCUGUCACCGGCCGGGCUGGCGGAAGCGUCCUGAACCGGUCGGGGCCCCUGGGAACGAAGCUGCGGUCGCCCACAGUGGGGAGCAAAAUCCCCACCCCUCGAGGAGGCUUGAAUAAAAACACUGGCAGAACAUAUGCAAAGCGAUGAGGCAGGUCCCUUCUUUACCUCCCAGGGGCCACGUUUGCCUUCUUUCGCUGCAGUAGGUCUUACGGUGAUGGGGGGGGAGCAGUGGCAGCCCCCCAGAUUCUCUGCUAAUCGCUCCCCCACCCCCAUUUACGACCGCUGCAGUUUGCUCUCUAUGCAGAAUCACAGAGUUGGAAGGGACCUUGGAGGUUUUCUAGUCCAGCCCCCUGCUCAAGGCAGGAGACCUUACAGCAUCCCAGUCCAGUCUCUUCUUCCCCACAGCUGGGAUAACCUAAGAUUGCACCACUCAGAUGGGUGGUGUAUAAAUUUAACGCAUCUAUAAAUAUUCCCUGGGAGAGGAACUAAAACCGAAGCACAAAAUAGAUUAGAAGUGACUAUCUCUGGAAGAUAGUUGACUUGUCAGAAUUGUUGCUUAACAGUAGGAACCAUUAAAGGGCUUUUCAACACACUCGCACUCUUCCCUUGGAAGGCAGGCCAAACAAAGCCCUGGCCAAGGCCAAACUCCACUCCUGACCCCCAGCGUCCCGUUUUCCCCUUCGCUCAGACUAUAGCAAAAUCUGGAAAAAAAAAUUCCUUGCAUGCUUGAUUGCUAAGGCUGUGCGGUGAAAACCUCAAAAAGGAGGAGGGGAAAAACCCCGGCAGCUUUUUGGCUUCACUCUGGCUUUUUAUGCCUCAAGGAGUGGAGUGGAUGGAGUGAGUUACUUUUGAUGCCCCAAAAGUCGUCAAAAUGGAAUUCGCUUUGUUCAGGAUUGCAGCCCCAUUCAGAGAAAAGGGCAAAGGAAUCAGUAUAAAAAAAAAAAAUUCCCUUUGGAAAUAAAGGAAAAGCUUAUAAACAAUUGAACAAGGGAAGUAGAAAACAGUCACAGAAUUUACUUUUAUUUAUUUAUUUUUUUAAAAAAAUCUCUUCUUGGUCUUAUGCUUCCAACCCUCAAUUCAAAAAGACGGGCAGCUUUUUUUCCAAAACAAAAUGCAUCUCUUUUUUUUAAACAAAUUGAUUUGCAUCUCCUUUUGAGAUGUCUUAACCAAGGGCUUCUGCACAGGUUUCUGAAAUGCACCAGCAUGCAGGAAAAAAUAGGCUUUUCUGACGAAGAGCCAAACCUCGUAUUUGUAUAUCGUCCGUCCCCCCCCCAAUCGUCUCUUAAUUUGCUCAGGAAAGGCAAGAACCUUAGCUUAAAAGGCUUACGAAAACAAACCAGGUUGCAGGAAAUCAGCAUUUUUCCUUUUUCUCUUUUUUUAAAGAGCAACCGCACUCCCUGGUUACCCCGGCCGAGCCCAUUUGGUUUGGGCCGAGGGCCUCACCACAUAGGCAUGAAUAACUUGAGCACUUUCUACUAUGCAGUCCACCCCCCCUUGAUACCUGUAGAUGCACGAAUGCACACCGUAGACACUUGCAAAUGUGGGUUUUUUUUAAUUGUAAUGUGUGUGUGUUUUUUUUUAAAUGAAAUUGUAGAGAUGUUCAGACGUGUUUCAGUUCUGUAGAGCAGAAGGUGUAAGUGGGGGCUGAAGCGUGUCGGAGGGCCACCAUUGUGCAAACCCAACGCCACAGAGACAGGCUUUGAGGCUGUCGGCAGCCUGACGUUGUGUGGAUGUUGGCUGGGAAUCCUGGGAGUUGGAUCCACCCCUCCUAAAGCUGCCGAGAUGCUUUAAGGCGGUGUUUCUCAACCCCGUCAGUCAUCGGCUGCUAAGCAGGCAGUCCUCGCCUUAGGUUAGGAACACGGUUGUUAAGCGAAUCUGGCUUCCCCAUGUCAGAAGGUCGCAAAAGGGGAUCACGUGACCCCGGGACAUUGUGACCAUCAUAAACGUGAAUCACUUGCCACGGGUCUGAAUUUUGAUCACAUGACCAGGAUGUUGCCAUGUUUCAAAAGUGUGAAAAAUGAUCAUAAGUCACUUUUUUCAGUGCCAUUGUAACUGAACGGUCACUAAAUGAACUGUUGUAAGUGGAGGACUGCCUGUAUAUAGGACAGAGCGAUGCAUGAGGUAGCAGGUCCCAGCCCUGUCUGGGAAGGAGGGGGCAAGGAGGACCCUCGCUGCACUCAUCACAUGCUCUCAAAGCCUCUUUUCCUGGGUUGUUUUGAUUGCGGCCAUAUUUACUAUCCUCUAAGAAGGUUAUGGAAAAACAGAAAUUCAAAAACUACCUUUGCCACCAUCUGUGGGCCUCGUGUAGAAAUCUCGGGCCGUCUCGAGGUUUGCAAAAGCACAUUUUGGGGGGGGGGGUCCUUUAGAUCCGCCAAAGUGGAGUCCUACCUCAAAGGAAUCCUGAGGCUGCUCUCGAGGGAUCGGGGCCAUUUUUAUCCCAACUGUCUUAAUCUAAAGAGCAAAUAAGCUGGAUAGCAGGGCUGAUUCCAGAGUUCCGCAGGCUCUCUGCUACGUAGAAACGCGUUACGCUCCUGUUUGUACUUAAAUGAUAAUAAAAGUUCUGAAUUUCA